GAAAUGCUUGAAGUAUACAUGUAUUGUUUGGUCUUAAAAUAAACUGAUUACAAAAUAACUAAUCGAUAUAUACAUUAAUAAAUAACCAUGUCGGCCGAUACAGAAGAUCAAGUUGAAUUAUUAGAAAAUCUUCCAGAAAUAAUGGAAAAGUUAACGGAGGAAUUGAAAGAGCUGUAUAAGUAUAGAGAUUUAUUUUUUGAAAAUCAUCCAUUAGAUAUGGCCUAUAAGAAGAAUAAGUGUGUAGAUGAAAAAAAGGAAGUCUUGGUUGAAAAAUUUGAAGCCAUUGAUGUGGAAACACAAAUACCAUUUUCAUUAAGGGCUGAAUUCCUAUACAUGAAAGGCAGAUGCUAUAACGUUAGCCCCACAUACGAUCCAAGAGCAACUCAGUGCCUAAGCAAGGCGAUAAAAUUAAACCCUCAUUUGGUCGCUGCAUGGAACGAGCUUGGUGAAUGUUAUUUGAAAAAUCUAAAUGUAAAGGAAGCUAAGGCCAGUUUUGAGGGAGCACUUAAACAAGAACGUAAUCGUCUGUCACUAAGGUGCCUUUCUAUAAUUCUACGACAUGAAAUUGGGGAUAUGAAACGAAGCGAGUCAACACCAAUUAUAUUAAAAAGCGUCGACCUUGCAAAGGAAGCGGUUGCACAAGAUAUCAAAGAUGGUAUAUCGUGGACAGUGCUAGGAAAUGCUUACUUGUGUCAAUUCUUCAUGGUGGCUCAGGAUCCAUCUACGUUAAAACUGAGUAUGAGUGCUUACAAGCAAGCCUGGUCAGAUCCCGUGGCUAAGGGACAGCCGGAUCUAUUUUAUAAUAAGGGUGUUGCGCUGAAGUACGAAGAGUGCUACGCGGAAGCGCUGCAGAUGUUCGAGCACUCGUGCUGCCUGGACCCCGCGUGGGUGCCGCCGCGGGUGGAGCGCUCCGCACUCGCCGCCUUCCUCGCCGCCGCCACCUCGCUCGUGCGCACGCGCGGCAAGCUCAAGGCCAAGCGCCUCGCCAACAUGAUACAGUCAAUGGAUAAGAAAACUAUGUUGGGCGAUUACGGCACGGGGGCGUUUCACAGUUUCGGGCCCAGGCGUGACGUGAUCUUGGAACACGUGAGGAUAGAUCAGUUGAAAGAGGGUCCCAAUGAGGGGAAAGUCAUACUCGGGAGGGUCGUUGGAUCCAUACAUAACGAAAACGCUGUUCCUUUCACGUUCGCGCUGGUGGACGAGAGCAUGUCGUGCGUGUGCGUCACGGUGUACAACUGGGCGGACGGGCGCGGCGCGCUCAUCGGGGACGCCGUGGCCGUGCCCGAGCCCGGCCUGGCCGCGCACGAGGCGGCGCCCGGCCAGCAGCCUUUUGAAUUUAAAUCGAUACGCGUCAAUAAUCCAAUGUUUUUGUUGGUGAACGGCAAACGUGUCAGUCGCAGCCAGUUUGCGAGCACGCGUGUUACGAGCACGUACGAGAUAAACUGACGGUGCGGGUCGAGACGCUACAUGCGUUUUUAUUAGGAGUUUUUGCGGCAUGUGUGCUGGACGAUUGGAUCUCUUUAAUUCGUACGCCUUAUGCGUGUGUGCUUGACCAAAUUGUUGGAAAAAAUGUUGGUUUUAAACAUAUGUUUAAGAAGAUUUCAGUUAUUUCAUGAUCAUUAAACCCAACAUUGUCCAAAUAUUUUGUCAAACAUUGGAUGAGUUUGACAAAUGUUUGUUUGGUCAAUUGUAGUACAUACCUACAUAAUUGAUCGUAUAAAUGUUAUAUCCUAAUGUGAUUAGAUUUUUGUGUUAAUUUCACUAUUAUACAUUUAUUAGAGUCCAUUCCAAUAUGUAUGAUAUGUUUAUAAAUGAUAACAAUAUGGAAUGAACAUGCUGUAAUUCGAAAGUUAAAAUAAUGCACGAUGAUGUCACAACCUUAGAUAUAGUAUAGUUUUUAAAGUAUCAAGAGUAGUUAAAAAGACUUGUUAUAAAAUGUAUUUUUCUUACCGAUUUCUAUGAUAACUUUAAAAUUUUAAUAUAUCUCCGUUUGCUAAACACUAACUAAUUAGAUAUGCUUGUUUGAAAUCAAUUUAAUUGCCAAUAGUUAAUUGCCAGUGAAUUGGAUAGCUUAAAUUUUGUGGAUCAAUUAUUUAUUGGACCAUCUAACAUGAAGACUGGUCUUAAAAAUAUUUAAUAGGGUGGAAUGGGGAUGUUGAUAUGAAUAUGAGGCCUUUGACCUGCACGGGAUACCAAAAGGCUACUAGAAAUUAAAAUAUAUACAUACAUAAUCAAUUGUAAAUACCGUGUCUAUGGUUAUAUCGUUAUAUGUUAAAAAUUCGCUAAUUUAAUUUUGAUAUCUAUUUGCUUUGUAAUUCUAUUCAAGUAGAUUUAAUCAACGCCUUAUAAUGUGUUACUAUAAGAUAUUAUAUUAUAUAUUGUGGCUAAUUGUCUAAACUUUUGUAAAAUUAUUAAUAUAAUAAAAAAAUCGAAUUAUAAUUGUUUUCGGGUUCUCUAAUGUUUGACGAAAAGCGUCUGAUUAAUGAUCAUUUUACAAGAAAAUGUUUCUAAUAUUCUGGUGACGGACAUUAACUUGGGGGUAACAACUCGUAUGCCGUGACGGACUUAAACCAAACCGUGGGAAACAACCAUAGACAAACCGUAUUUUUUUAUUACCUACCUGUAUUAAUUAUUAUAUAUUUUCAAUUAUUAUAUAUUGUUUUAUUAUAAUAUAUUUCGCUAAUUCGAUAUCUGAAUGGAAUUAAAAAACUAGAACUGCGACUUUUUUUGUUUAGAAAAAAAAAUGAUGACGUCAUAUAUAUGUAUGUAAGUUUUUUUUUAAUUUGUAUAAAGGUGUAAUGUAACUUUUUUUUUUAUUAUUGUCAUACGAAUAUCAUGGAAUUUUUGUCUAUUUUAUUAUUUUCCCGCUACGCAAAACAUUCACCAACGCAUAACAACACUCUAGUGAAGCCUACUAUCCUGAGUGUAUAAUUUGCAAGUGUGCAAACCAAACAGCUGUUUGUAAAAAUCAUAUUUUAUGAAAUGAAAAUUUUUCUGCAACUUGUAUUUUUUCAAAAGAAUUAUUAUUCUAGUAUUUUAUAUAAAGAUGAGAAUAAAUUUGCCAAAAUUAUUUGUAAAGUGAAAAUUUUUUAUUUGUUUUUUUUUUUUUAUCAAAUGACAGGACCUCUUUUCGACUGUUAGUUAUGUGUGCACACGUUUAUUUAGAUUUACCUACUAUUCACUUUUAAAAAAAAAGUAUUUUAUGAAGCGUUUUCCUCAAAAAAAAAAAGUAUUUUGGUAUAAAUUUGUUUAGAUUAGAAGCUUGUGUGAAACUAUUUAGAAGCGGCCAAAGUAUAUGUCCCAAUAUUAUUUAGAUAUUUAACAUAUAUAUACAUAUAUAUAUAUAUAUAUAUAUAUAUAAUUUAUUGCGAGUCUAAAGAUUCCUUAAAAAUAUUUUCAAUUAUAAUAUCUACUUAAAUAUAAUCUGUAUGUAUAAAUUAUUAUAAAUUUCGUAAUUAUAUUAUACAAUGUAAUUUAAUUAUAAAUUGCGUAAUAUAAUGUCGGGAACAGGGUGCAAAAUGUAUAUGCCCUGAGGCUGAUUUGGGAUGUUUGUUAUAAAUUUGUACAAUGCACAAGAAUAAUGAAAUAAUACCAUUUUAUAUUGAACUUAUUUCGCUCUAUUGAUAUACUCUUUGAGAAAAAAAAAAUGUAUUUAUGAUAUUUCGUUAUUGUUGGUGAAAAAAGUUGUAAGUGAAAUUUAUUAUUUCUCUGAUUGAUUAAUAUAAUUUUCUUAUUAUACACGUAUAUUUUUUUAGUGUCAUAUGACACAAAUUUAACGCGUGCCAAACAGCAGGGCACAGCUAGUUAAUACGAUAAGACUUUUUGAAAUUAGAAUUUGCAAUUGAAUUUUCACAUACAACUUUUUACAGUAACGGUAGUAAUAAUUAUUGUGUCGGUAUGCUGUGUCUUAACUAAACUAACUUCUUAGCACGGAAAGAGUCCCGUUAGUUUAGUUUAGAGACAUUUAAGCUGAUUUAAGAUCUCAAAGUAUUGUUAGAAUUAAUGUAUUACUCUAUCGGCUAUGUUUCUUUCUAAACGAUGGUGAUUAGUUAAACAAUGCCGUCUUCUUCUUUCAAAUGUCAAAUCAAUGAUGACAGAGUGAGAAAUCGGUGUUUAUAAUCAAGACCGUAAAAGUUUAAAACAAAUUAUGUUUCACUUAAAGUGAAAUGAGCAUAUGGAUGAGAUUAAAAUUUUGAAUUGGAUUUGAAUCUCUAUUUUAAUAAAAUGUAAUUUGAAGCUAUUUUUUUUUUCACUUCGACGUUCUACAGAGCUAGGCAAAGGUAUCAAAAUUUGGAGUUAAAAUUAUAAUGUCAAAAUGAUUGAACAAGAAUAAAAUCAUUUACAUAAUAAUUAAGAUUAAAAGGUUUAAUUAUUUUGUCACUAAUUUGUAACUAAAAUAAAUUACACAAUGCUUUCAUACACUAAUAUUAUGUAAUGUCAAAAUGUAACCAAUGGUGUCAAUACUUCUAAACGAAAUAAAAUAAAAUGUACACUUA